AUGUCGAUGUAGAAUAAUUUCAAAGUUUAUCAAUAAAACAAACAUAUUCUCACAAUUUUUGAUGAUUUUUUCAACACAGAAGACAAAACUUAAAGAAAGAUAAUAUUUUCAAUUGAGAAAACCUAGAAGAUGGGCAAAAAGAAAAUGAAAAGAAAAUAAAAAUAAGAUUUGUAGACAGGUAAGGAAAGUAAACUUAAGUAAGCUUAUUCAUAGCAAGAAUCUACUUCUACGCAAGUAACAUCAACUGACACCGAAUAUACAUAAAACUCGAAUAAAAAGAAAAAGAGAUAAAGUAAAUGCUUAAGAAAAACUCAACUUUAGAAUGGAAAGGAAGAGAGUGUUUAGGAAGAUAAUUUGAGUUCUAUCAUUAUGAGUUCUUAAUUUACUGACAACUAGAGCUGUUUAUCAUAGCUAAAAAUUGAAGAAAAAGAGCGAAAUAAAGAUUAAUAAUAGAUUUAAUUGAAGAAAAAGCAUAAAAGAAUAACAACUAAAAAGAUUAAAAAGAAAAUUGAAAGUAUCUAUUCCUUAAAACAAUUUUAAGUCGACUUAAACAUUGAAUUCAGCGACAUUAAUACUCAGAAAAAGAUUAAAAAGUAAAUUCAAAAGAAAGAGUUUAAUUCGAAAUAGAGUUCUUAGACAUUAAAUGAAGCAAUUGUUCAAGAUAAUUAAAUUGAAGUGAAAUAGACAAAAAUGCAAAAAGAGGUUGAAUCAUAUCUUUAACCAUUAGCACAGAAUGAUGCAAUACCUUAUAGUAGUUAAAAACAACCAAAUUUCUAGCUUUCAAACUCUGGAUUUUGUAAAAGAAAUGUUCCCUAAAAGAUGAGCCAGGAAAUUCAUCUAAUGACUAAUGUCAACAAGAACUACACAUAGAAUAACACUUCCUCUAGUAAUUUCAAAAGACCAGAGAGAGACAAGAGAUUCCAGAGUUUUGAUAAAAACGCCUCACUUAAACUCAAUAGUAAUUUAGCUAAGACUACUUUUGACAGUGGAAGUUUUAAAACUAACAAAAAUUCUACUGCCAACAAAGCGAAAAUACUGCCUUCUUUAAUAGUUUAGAAGAAUAUAUCUCAUAAGUAGAAUUCUAACACAAUGUCACCAUUAAUUUCAAAGAAACAAGUUCAUGAUUUGGUGCAAAAGUAGUAGUUAAAGGAGGAAGAGGACUUUGAAGAAUUGAUAAGAACAAAGUAUAAUAUUGACAAUGAUGCAUUUAUGAAAAUGGGUUACAAGGAGAGGAACUAGAAGUUAUACGAAAUGCUUAAGCAGUACCAAAUAUGCGUUAUCCCUGAAGUUGAAAAUAUUGAUAAUCUCCCAUUUUUCUCUAUAAUAGAGACAAGUUUGAAAGAUAUGACUAAAAAGUCUAAACUUCGAAGGUAAGAAACAGAUCUGAGAAACAGCCCAGAACGUAGAAAAAGUAAGCCCAUUCAAUAAGGGAACAGUCCAAGUAAAAAAGCUAAGCACAGGCAAACAUCACUCUUAGACCCAAAGAAUUUCAAGGGAAAUGUCGAAUUAUUCAGGCAUCUGAAUGAGCUGACAAGUGCGAAACUUAAGAAUAAGAUUGAAUAAAGUGAGUCAAUUAACGUUUAAAAAAGAAGAAGGGAAGGCAAGACUCUUGACUAACUGAAACAAGAGGUAGAGCAACUAAAAUAAGAAGUGCCAGAUAGAUUGAAAGAACACAUUAAGAAGAGAUUUAUAUCCUAGGCAAGAGUAUCUGUUGGUAAUAUGGACCAAAUAAUGGAUCUUAAAAAUUCAGAUCGCUUUGACUCAUUUGUAGGCUUCUAAGACUUAGACUCUUUAAACACUCAAGUGCAUUUACCACUUCCUAGAAAAGGUAGCGGAUAGGGUAAAGAACUGGAAGCCAAGAAUGAAACAUCCUCUCAGCAAUCUACUAGAAAAUUAUAUCAUAGAUUUAGGGAGGCUUUAAGAAGAAAAGUCAGAAUGCAUGUGGAGAAUGAGCAGCUGAAGACAACUUACAUGCAUGAAAAAAGAAAAUUAGAGAUGUAUCUGUUAAGAGAAAAUCAGAAGAUAGAGGUUACUCAGAAAAUCUUAGGAAUGAUAGAAUCUGACUAAGAUAGUCCGAAGCCUAAUUAUAGAUUUGAACAAAUAAAGCAUAAGUUUAAAGAGUACUAAAGAGAUAGAAGGAAGUUACUCACUAAGGGAGGUCAUGGGUCAAUGGUUAGUGUUGAAGAUCUAGAUGGAAGCAGAGUAAAAGACCGAAGACACUUCAUUAACAAAAAUUAGUCAAUAUCUGGGGAGUUGCUUGGAGUUCAAAGUGAUAACGAAGGUUCUGAGUUGGAGGACAGGUUUAACCAAGAUUAAGUUCUUGACAAGAUAUUUUUUAGCAAAAGAAACAGUUCAGCCAGAAAAUAAACUAACAAAAAUUCAUAAAAUAUCUCUGAAGCUAUAGGCAAGGGACUUAAGUAAGUCCUUCACAAAUGA